CGUGAAUUGCCAUAAUAAUAUGUCAAGCAAAGACGGUCCUAUUGCCAAAAUUGGGCUGCUGUCCAUAGGCGACAUGGGUGCUGGCAUCGCCAACCUGCUCGUUGCUCACAACUUUGCUGUUGCGACGAAUUGCUCGGGUAGAAGUCAAGAUACCAUUGAUCGCGCCCGGGAAGUCAAUGUGGAACUGCUCGAGACCGAUGUUGACCUGGUGGAAGAGUGUUCAGUGAUACUCUCUGUCGUGCCCCCACGAGAUGCCGAGGCUACGGCACGACGCAUCGUGGAUGCGCUCUCAAAGUCCAAGAGAAGAGAAGAUUUAUACUUUGUCGAUCUAAAUGCAGUUUCGCCAUCAAGUACAAAGACAAUCGCAGCGCUUCUCGAGAAAUCCGAGGUCCCCGUCCGCUUCAUCGAUGGAUGCAUCCUAGGAGGUCCUCCAAAACGGACAACUCCCACCGAUGGCGGAUCCAAAGCUUCCAGCAACAACGACUAUUCCGACUGGAUACGCCCAAGACUUCCCAUAUCUGGGCCAGAAUCUCUCUCGGCCCUCCCUUACGGCGAUACUCUUAUUUCAGUGUUAAACAUGAACCCCAUCUCCCCCAACAUCGGCGCCGCGAGCGGGCUCAAGAUGUGCUUCGCUGCCAUGUCUAAAGGCUUUAUAGCCAUAGCUACUCAGUCAUUCACAACUGCACACAGCCUCGGUGUUGCGGAUGUUCUGCGAGACGAGAUGGCUAAAGGCCUUCCUACGCACCUCGCCCUCGCCGACAAAUCUGUGCCAAAUAUGCCGCCCAAGGCGUACCGCUGGGUCAGAGAAAUGGAAGAGAUUGCUGACACUAUGGGUGAAGAGGGGGGGUGGGGAAAGGAGCUGUUCCAGGGCGCCGCUGGUGUAUACAAGGGCAUUGCGGAGGAUGAGGUACUUGGAAGCGAGAAGGUCGGGAAGAGAAAGAGGGGGACGACGCUGGAGGAUGUUGCAGCGGUAGCAUCAGAGGGAUUACAAAAGAAAAGAAGGUCAGGUCAAGAGUAGAUGGGGUAUGUAUUCAUCAGGGUAGAGUUGGCAGCAUCGUCUAGAUAUUAGAAGGGGGAGUA